AUGCCUCUCGAGACAAUCUACGUCGUCCGCCAUGGGUUCCGGUCUAGUUGGUCCGUCGACCACACCACAGGAGUGUAUUCAGCUUCGAUCCCAUCACCAACAGGAAUCGCGGUGGACCCGGCCCUCACCGCCCACGGGGUCGAUCAGUCGAGGCAGCUCGCCCAGCAUCUCAUGACGAUGGACCCCCCCGUGGACGUUGUGUACUCGAGCCCCUACUACCGCUGCCUGCAGACCAUCACCCCCUUUGUCGAGCUCCGGCAGCAGCAGCAGCAGCAGCAGCAGCAGAGGCAGCAGAGGCACGCACACGCACACGCACACAGCCAGCAUGGCGAGAGCACGAGCUUGAGCUUGAGCACGAGUGUCGGCAGUGGCAGUCACAGUCACAGUCACAGUCACAGUGAUGCCGCCACCAUGAUACGGCCUGAACACGGAAUCUGCGAGUGGUUCGGUUCCGCUCCGUUUGAGCAUCCCGGCCCAGCCUCACCCUCACUCCUCAAAUCCUUGUUCCCUGCCUUUGACGAGAGCUACGUGUCGGCGCAGUAUCCUCCCAGGAGGGGCGAGACGCUGGCCCAGCUGCAGGCCAGGCUUACGGCCACGAUGCAGAGUAUCAUUGAUCGCUGCGACGCUGAAGAUAGACGAGCCGUUGUGCUGUGCACUCACGCCGCAGCCGUCAUCAUGUUGGGCCGCAUCCUCACGGGCGAGUUCCCCGAGACUGUAGAUGCCGAUGACUUUCACGCUUUUACCUGUGGGCUGAGUGUCUUUCGCCGGAAGAAAGUCGACAAUCGGGAUCGAGGAAAGGGGGAGUUGCCCGACAAAGAGCCCAACCCUAGUGCUGCUGCUGCUGCUGCUGGUGUUGUUGGAGGUUGGUCAUGUGAGGCCAACAGUGACUGCAGCUUCUUGGCCGGCGGCGAAGAGCGAGGCUGGAAGUUCGUAGGGGACGAGGAGUUUCCAGACACAGGCUCCAUGUCUCAAGCUGCGAGUACAUCUGAGUCCAAGCUGUAA